AAAUCUGAGAAAGGUUGUUACUAAAGGACAGCCAAAACUACCUAGUCACCAUAAUCAACAAAGUCAAUAUCCAACAAGUGAAUUAUCUGUCAAUAGCAAGAAAAAGCAUGGACAAAAUCAAUAUAGCUACUGUAAGAGGUUGGGUUAUAAUAUUGCAACAUGCUCUAAAAAAGCUAAAAAUUAG